CUCCGCCCCGACGUUCCAUUGCACCGCCCCGCGUCACUCGCUCGCUCGCGAGACUCAGCUGAGCGCCGCUGCACCGCCCGCCCGCUCACUCACCCACUCACUCACUCACCCACUCCUUCCCAGGUGUGGAGUCUACACGGCGCGACCAUGGCUACCGAGAAUGUCAGCUUGCUGUUUAAGUUGUACUGUCUGACGGUAAUGACGGUUGUGGCCGCCACAUACAUUGUGGUGUUGCGAUACACAAGAACAGUCUUAACGGAGAUGUACUUUGCAACCACAGCUGUUUGCAUCACUGAAGUCCUCAAAUUAAUUUUGAGUCUAGGUAUGUUAACAAGGGACGUGGGCAGUUUGCGGGGCACGCUGUCAACAUUGUAUGAACACAUUCUCAGGAGUCCCAAAGAAAUGCUGAAACUCAGUAUUCCAUCUGUGGUGUAUGCUGUUCAAAACAAUAUGGCCUUUGUGGCGCUUAGUAACUUGGACGCAGCAGUGUAUCAGGUGACCUAUCAACUAAAGAUUCCAAGCACAGCACUCUGUACAGUCUUUAUGCUGAAUCGUUCUCUAAACAAACUGCAAUGGCUUUCUGUAUUUAUGCUUUGUGCAGGAGUAACAUUGGUCCAGUGGAAGCCUAUGGAAACUACAAAGGUUCAGGUUACACAGAAUCCAGUUUUGGGAUUUGUUGCCAUAGCCAUUGCAGUAUUGUGUUCUGGAUUUGCUGGUGUUUAUUUUGAGAAGGUUCUGAAAGCCUCUGACACCUCUCUGUGGAUCCGUAACAUACAGAUGUAUAUUUCUGGCAUUGUGAUCACUGCGUUUGGAGUUUAUUUGAAUGAUGGUGCCCAAGUUCUGGAGAAAGGCUUUUUCUUUGGAUACACCCACUGGGUUUGGAUUGUUAUAUUAUUAGCAAGUCUUGGCGGGUUGUAUACUUCUGUUGUCGUGAAAUACACCGAUAACAUCAUGAAAGGAUUUUCAGCAGCAGCAGCAAUUGUUAUUUCCACAGCAGCAUCAGUUUUGCUGUUUGGCUUGCAGUUAACUCUCAACUUUGUAGCUGGGACUAUUCUCGUCUGCGUUUCAAUAUACUAUUAUGGAUUGCCGAAGCAAAAUACAAGUACCUUUGUGCAGAGUGAAGUGGAGAAGCACAAAGAGCCGCUGGUGAAUAAUGUGUGACCACUGAGCACCUCACUCAGCAAAGGACUUGAAAAAUCUGACUCUCAGAACUUUUCCCAACUAGGCUGUUGGGGGAAAUCACUAGUUAUAUAAAUAACUUCCCCAAUGUUAUUGAUUGUUUGAUGCGUUUUCACUGUAUCUCCUUGGUGAACGAAUGACUUUGGUGCCAAUAUAGGAAUAUCCAUAACUUAUUUAUCAAACUAGUUUUUUUUUAAACAAUUUAAACAGUUUCAUUUUGCCUUUCCAGCAAUAUAUAAACUUUAUAAGUUGCCUGUCAGAUUCAUUUAAUUUUUUUCGGCGUGCUCAUUUUAUUUCCUUUGUUGGUGCCUCCAACUGUGUUCUCCAAGCAAAUUCUUACGUUGGUAUACAUUUUAAUAUUUUGAGCUGGCCACUUUGCAUUUGGAAACAGGAUGACCCACUUGUCAAAUUAAUCUUGACAGUGUAUGGAGCCACUGUCUAUGGUAGUUUCAAUUUAAACUACCAUAGUUAUGCAGCGUGGAAACUGGCCUUUCCGCCCAAGCAGCCCCCGCCCAACAUGUCCCAUCUGCAAAGCCCCAUUUAGCCUGACAAACCUGUUCCACCUAUGGACAGGUAUGCAUUUUAUUAUGCUUCAGCUUAUGCGUAACCCGAGGUAACUCAAUGUUUCUCAAAGAAAAUCUGAACAAAACAAUGUCUCAAUUGUCCUGUACUUCUGUCGCUAGUUGUUUUCAGAUAAGUUCCUCAACUGUACAUCCUGAGAGCCUCUUUUCUCUUGAAUCAAUAGAAUGUCUAGUUUUGAGAAUCUCCCCCAAAAUUAAUAUUUUAAGUCUCCUACUGUCAUGGGAACUAGCAGUGUAGUCAUAGGUGUGGUCUUUCUAAAUUAGGUUAAUGACUAAAUAUUACCUUCCCUCUAUCCCAUAAAGAAAAAAAGAUUAUUUGAAUUGGUAGUUUCAUGUUUCAGAAAGAAUGUUGCCUCAAUGCUACUUCUGUGUUUCACUCAAAAGGACCAGCAUGGAGGUGGUAGUGCAUUUCAAAUGAUAGGGAAAUGCUGGCAUUAAGAAUCCUCGCUUAUGACUGAUGGUCCUUUUUGAGUGAGAUGUAUGUGGAUCUAGUGUAUUAUGGACAAUUCCUGCAAUGAAGGAACAGGAUUUAAUGUCUGUGACAGGUGGAAAGAAGACAUUUAUUGUAGUGGGAAAAGUUAGUAUGUAGUUAGUUUGUAUUCCCUACAGGACAUGUCUAUAGAUCAUUUUAGCCAUGUUAUCCAAUUAGAUAUAAACCAAAACUUGGCUAGGUGUCAGAGUUCAAGCCUGUUUUCAGUGAGCCUGCUAUGUAACAGUUGCACUAAAUGAGCAGUUCUGCUUGUGUAUGUUAGGGUUGCUCGCUCAAAGUUUGGAUUGAUGUGAUGGGUUUGUGCCUUAAACAAAUGGUUAAUGUCAGGAUAAAGCGGAUAUAUUUCUGACUGAAGAAGGGACCUAAACCGAAACGUCACCUAUCCAUAUUCUUCAAGAAUGCUGCCUAACAUGCUGAGUUACUCUAUAAACCAGCACCUGCAGUUCCUUAUUUCUACAUUGACAUAUCUUUUGUAUAGCCCUAUAAUUGUACAUAAUAUUUCAAAUUAUGUUUCUCAGACUUUCUUGGUUUAGAAAAGGUUGGUAUAAAUUGCAUAUGUUUGAUUUGUAAUUUGAUGGGAGAUUAUCAAUCCAUAAUAAUUAUUUCUGUUGCAAUUCUUCCCACCCUUCUGAGAACUUUAUUUAAGGAAGUUCUGUUAAUGGGUUUUUAAUUUCUGUUGCUCUUGAUACAAAGCUCUCCCACAUGGCUAAAUGCAUGGUUUCCAUUUAGAACCUCUUCACAUUAUUAAAGAUACAAAUUUAACCCGCAGCGAGUAACACCCUGCUCUUUGUUUAAUGGAGUGCAUUCCCUCCCAGACCUGUACUUAAGCUUUUUUAAUAUUCUAGAUAAAUUAUAACAUUUCUGAAGUAGGUACCUCAAAUUGAAUGAAAGUUCUAAUUUUAAUAUUUUGGAUCAGAAGGCAGUAAAAUGCUUUUUAAUGUUGCCCUUGUAUUUAAAAAAAAAAAGUCAGCCUAGAAUUAUAUGAAUCAGACCAUGUAAAAAACAACUAUAGAUGUCAUUUUUUUUGUUCUCUUUCCUUGAACACAUGGUUUUGGUGAUCAUACAAUGUUGUCAUGAAUUAACAUUUCUCUGUUCACCUCGGUUUAGACCGAGGACCAUCCCCCAGGUUUUCCCCUGUUUUUCACAUUGCUUUAGUGAAACAGAUGAUGAUGUAUGCUCUUAGUCUUUUUAGAUGAUCAUUUGGAUCAGUGAUUCUCCCACUUGCUUUAAAAAUACUUUUGUACUUCAGUUCAAAAUUCAAAUUCUUCUGGGCCUUUCUCCCCCUCUCCCCCUCCCCCCCCCCAUUAAACUGUCCUUUACUUCUUGGAAUGUAACCUUUGGUCAGACUCUUUGUGCCUUCAGCAGUGCAGUAACAACAGACCUGCUGAGCAUGACCUCCUUGUACGUGCUAAUAUAUAGUUGUGGUUUGGUGUAGAUGGUAAUCUCUGCUUUUAUGAAUAUUUGAGCCUUUUAUAGCAAACAAGACAUUGAAUAGGCACUGUUGUAAAAUAUUUUAAACCAUGAUUUUGAAUGUAGUUUGAAAUUAAGAGUGUGAUGGUUACAUUUGAACCAUAGCCUCAGGCAAUCUAAGUACAGAUUCCAUGCACUAAUGAUAAGUCUGCUGUUUGUCAUUGGAGAGUGAAUGAUAUUUGGAACUGGAUUUGUAAAUGCCUUUUAUGUUUGUAUAUAAUGAGUAGCAAAUUAAAUCAGAAUUUCUGUGCUCCAAAUUCAGUGGAUCACUAUGUGAAAAUGGUUGUGGUAUAUAAUGUGGUCAUACAAGUCACUGGGAAGGAUCUGCUAUGGUAGGGUUUUUAAAUGUCAAUUUGUUUUUGGAUGAUGUGGAAAAUAAAUCUUUAAGCAAAAUUGGAUUGCUUGCAACUAACUGAUGUUCAGAAAAGAAAUUGAGUAACCAAAACUUGCAAACAGCAACAAAAAAAUGUUACUACAUUAUGAAAUGUAGAUUUAGUUUUAACUGUGUAUGAAAUUUUGAUCUUUUGUGCAUUGUUUUGAUUUACUUUUUAAUUUGCAAGGAAAUUAAUUAACUUGUUUCCAUCAGAUUCACAAUCCUUAACAUUUUGAAGUAACAGUCAAGGGAGAGGUUGGGAAGGUGCAAUGGAGAAAACAUUAGACAGGUCGAGCUGAAUGCGAGCUGUGUACACUAUGUACCAGGGCAUGUAUCCUAACAGUACUUUUUGGCAUUUAUUCCACAUUCAUAAUUCAGCUUUUUCCAUAAUUAUUUUAAUGGAUGCCUUGGGACAUUCAGACAGGUAAUCAAUAGUUGGCGUGGACUCAGCGAGCCAAAGGGCCUGUUUCUAUGCUGUAAAUCAAACAGAGCAUGGAGAUGGAAAUCAUGUUAUCUCCUGAUUGUAAUAAGAUAGCAAACAAAGGACUGACAACCUAUUUGAUUCGUACAGGUGUCCAGGGCUAUGGGGAGAAGACAGGAGAAUGGGGUUGAGAGAGAGAAAGAUAGAUCAGCCAUGAUUUGAAUGGCAGAGUAGACUUGAUGGGCCAAAUGGCCUAAUAUCACUUAUGAACCUGAGAUGAAAGUAGCAACAUCAGCUUUUUUUAUAAUCAAAACUUUUAAAUGGUUAAAAUUAGCAACAACCAAUUUUAUGAUCAGAUUCAAGAGCAUGAGUAUUCUUGAGCCAUUGCUUCUCGUCUUUGUUAUACUGUACAGACUAGGUCUGGCAAUCUGCUUGUGACAUAUUGCCUUGUUUAAAGUUAGGCAAAUACACACUGUUCUAGGUGACUUAUUUUUAAUGUCAGGAGAAUGUUUUUCAUUGCUAUUUUAAGCAUAUAUUAACUUUGGGAGGUGAUUGAUUAGUUCACACUAUCACAUGAGAAGAUGAUUGAAUAUCAUUUAAUCUCCAGCAUAGAGCUUUGGAAUGUAAUUCUAGCUGAGGGCAAGUCAAGUAUCAUUUUGUGCAAAACAGGUUUUCCACUGAGAAGAAUAAAUCACUGCUAUUCCUGUCA